AUGAUGCGGCGAAACGCUCAGGCUCCUCGACUCGAGCUUCGGAAAAUCUCCGACUUCACUGCGAAGGAAAGCGCUACAGAGGCGGAGGACUGGAUGGAUCAACUUGAGGCCUUGUUCCGCAUCAAGAACAUCACCAGUAACACUGUCCGCAUUGAGACUGCGUUGUCUUAUUUCGUUAAGGACGCAGCUCCCUUCGCGCGCCAAAUUCGUUCACAGCGCCUUCGCUACAAGGAAUGGUGGAGACAGUAUGUUCAGGCCUACCAGAACAAUAUCGAUCACGUCCCAGAACCCCCAGUAGCGUGCAACACCUGGGAUGAGUUCCGUGCCAAGUUCAUGCACGACUAUGUGGACGUAGACCCGGUAGAAACCGCUCGUGACAAGAUAGCCGUGCUGCGCAUGCACAAGGACCAGCGCGCAGACGACUUCUUGGUCAAAUUCCGUAACCUGGCAGAACGUACUGGCUAUGAUGGUGCUGCGCUGGUACGCAUGCUGCAGCAAUCACUCAUAGGAGUACCCGUGCUACUCGAGAAGGUUCUCUCGCUGCGCAAACGUCCAAACGGCGCGAGGGAACAAGGAGCUUAUCGUCCGGAGACUUUGGAGGAAUGGUAUGCGACCGUUGGAGACUAUGAUCGGGCUUAUCGUCAAGCGCAUGCACGCACACUUGAGGCUAAGAAGCAGAAUACCCCCAGCUCAUCUGCUUCUCGCCCCAACAACCCGCAGCGCACCCCGAACUAUCGUCCCCCUCCUGGUCCUCCUCCGAACUAUAGACCACCUCCAGGACCUCCACUGCCACCACGAGGUCCUGCUGGAUCAUUUGCUCCGCGUCCUCGUCACCCCAACUAUUGGGCACCGCAAGGACCAGUUAACACGUCCCCUCCUCAAGGCCGUCCACGCUACGAUCGGCGUGAUGGUACCGGUACAACGUAUGGAGGCCGCGGUCAACCCAUGAAUGUGGAUCUCAAUCGCAUGGAUAUGAGUCAGGUGGAAUGCUACAACUGCAGUAGAAAAGGUCAUAUGAGCCGUGAAUGCCGUUCCCCACGCCGCGCUAGAGCUGGACCGUCCCAACCUGCGCAAGUUAGGCAGGUUGAUGCGUCGCUCGUGCAACAACUCUUCUCUGGAAUGUCGGAGGACUCCCUUUCCAUAUUCUCUCGGGCUCUUCAACAAGCCCAGUCGACUAGCUCUGCCAAGCCUUCGCAGGGUUUUCGACGCGGCCGGAAGUAA